AUUAUCAAACUUGUAAAUUAAUAUCAAAGUUUUGAAUGCGAACACAGAAGAGAUUUGAUCAGCAUUCACUUCUGAAGUUCAAUAUAAAAUUUGGUAUUAUAUUGCGUAAUUCAUCAAACAAUUUUAAAUGGACCUAUACUUUCUUAUACCCUUUGCUCUAAUGGCACUGGUUAUUUGUGGAAAAGAAUCUCUAGAAGAUGAGCCGCAGUGUCUCUCAAGGUUUGACUACGAGUUCAAAGUUGUCAAGAAAUUGGCAGAACUUGAGAGUGAGCUAGCAGAACAAAAGAAAUCCGUGCAUAAACUUGCAAAGGGUGGUGACGGACGAUGCAGUGUUGAGAAUAAGGUUGCGUUUUCUGCUUACCUAACGAACGAUAUGGCAUCAGUUACAAAUUACCGUAUCAUUAUUUUUGAUGAGGUCCAAACAAAUAUUGGAAAUUCUUACAAUGGGAAGUCUGGUAUAUUUACAUGUCGAUCACCUGGAGUAUACGUCUUUUAUUGGGUCGUUACUAAUAAAGAUGGUACUUAUAUGGACUCUGAACUUGUGGUAAAUGGCGAAGAACGCAGUCAAGCUUUUUCGGAUGCUGGCAAUCAUAAUGAUUAUGCUGUAGCUUCCAAUGUUGUUGUUACGGAUCUGAAAUCUGGUGAUCAGGUUUGGAUACGUUGUGGAACUUGGCAUAAUGGCAAGCUUGGAGGACAACGCAGGACAUCUUUCUCUGGAUGGAAGCUAUAUAAUUGAUAAAUAAUUCGAGCCGUACUAGAUUUCGUAUGUUUGCUAUUCAUUAAAUGUUUUAUGUUUGGACAUGUUCAUCUUGGACAAGUAAAA